GGCCAGGCAAGCCAUCUUAUUUGAUAUUCCACCUCAAUCAAUCCUAUCUUUACAUAUAUAGCUUAGCUAAGAUAACACAUACUCUAAAUACACAAAACAAAAACCACUUUCUCUCUUUAGCUAGCUUUCUCCCCACUAACUCUAAAAGACUCCAUUUUUAUUUGCUGCUUUUCUUGUUUUUGGAUUGUUGUAGAUCUACAAAGAAGAGAUAAUCAUCAAAGAUUAAGAGAUGAUCCAAGAACUGUUCGGUGGCGCAGGCUUUAAUAUAGGAGGAGUAGGAGUAGGAGUAGGAGGAGGAGGGGAAAGGAAAAUCUCCAUUUCUUCUUCUUCUACUUCUCUUUCGCCUUCGCCUUCACCAUCUCCAUCUUCUUCCGCUACUACAACUACCACCACCACUGCCACAGCCUCUGCAUCAGCGAAUCCAGAGAACUUGAGAUGCCCGAGAUGCGAUUCUGCCAACACCAAGUUCUGUUACUACAACAACUACAACCUCACGCAACCCCGUCACUUCUGCAAGACCUGCCGCCGCUACUGGACCAAGGGAGGAGCCCUAAGGAAUGUUCCAAUUGGGGGUGGAUGCCGGAAAAACAAGAGUGGUACUAUGUCAACAUCGAUGAGCAAAACAGCUGUGGCCGGGAAGAUGAAAACAAUGGCGUCGGAGAUGGGGAGGUCUGGGUUCGGACUCGGGUUCGAUCACGAGGUGCAAGCUAGUCCAAUACUGUGGGGUUCACCUCAGAAUUCCCAUAUCUUAGCUCUACUAAGAUCGAGCACUCCAAACCCUAACCCUAACCCUAAUGUUCAACUGUGUACUAAUUCCGUGAAGGAAGAGAGGGGUAUGAAUAUGAUUGGAUCCCACAUGAUGAGUGACUCUUCUGGAGCUGGAAAUGAUGUAAUGACAGCUCGGCCCUGCUUGGGGUUGGAUCCGCUGAGUUCUUUCUGGAGAAACAACCAGAACGUUCAACCCCCGCAUCAACAGCAACAACAGAAUGGUAAUUUCAUACUUGGGCAUGAGGUUCAAAGCAACCAGGGAAUUCAGGAACUCUUUCAGAGGCUUAGGUCAUCCUCUUCAUCCGCUAAUUAUUAUUCGCCUGAUCUUAAUAAUGGGGUUUCUACAUCAUCUACAUCAUCAAUUUUGGAGGUGUCUCCGGCUCUUGGUGGUGAAUUGGGUUAUAACUGGAACCCGGCGUUUACUUGGUCCGAUCAGCUACCUACAACAAACGGUGCAUACCCUUAAGUUAAGAACUUCAUAAUUAAGCUUUUUCUUUGUCUACUUUUAGCUAGUUAGCUAGGUUCUCAAUCUUUCUUCUUUAAUUAAUGUGUUUUUAUUUUUUGUUUUGUUUUUGUUUGUGUGUGGGUUGUGAUAUAGCUAAUGCUUUAGCAUUAGUCAGUAUCCUUCUCUGAUUUUCUACAUUUUAUGUACGUGUGUUUUAAGGUGUAAAGGGAUAUGAGGUAAUGGGGGUGUACCAAUUAAGGACCAGAAAAUUAUAUUAAAACGUUUGUUAUU